AUUCACGCAACCAAUCGUUCAAAGUGUUGCGACCUGUUUUAUAUCGGACUGCCGUGGCUAGCCAUAUAUUCCUGUGGAAACACUGUCAAGUCAUUGAAUAUUAAUGCGUGUUGUACAUCCCGGAAGGAGCGGUAAAAACUCUUUGGGGGAGCAGGUUGGAAUUCACACAGACUCAUUGGAAGAAGCCUGGAAUGGGUGUGGAGGAGAUGAGAGGGGGAGAAAGAACAAACACGAACACCUAGACACUCUCUGUUGGCGAGAGUGAAAGGAGAGGGUAAUUUCCCCCCUAUGGAGCGCAUGUAGUAAAGCCUAUUCGACCGCAUCGCAUGAGGAGCAAUUCUUUUCAUAGACAGGGAUAAACAUGGCUACACGUACAUUGCACUUGUGCUUUUUGGCACUGUUUUCUACGACUCAGACAGGCUACGGAUUUAACAUUGAUGUUCGAUUUCCUGUAAUCAAAGAAGGCAAAACCAAAGACAGUUUAUUUGGAUUUUCCGUCGCGCAACACAAGCAGACGCAAAAAUCCAAACAAUACAUGCUCCUGAUUGGUGCGCCUAAAGAGCAGGCUUUCCCCCAGCUGAAGCCGAAGGUGAACGAGACGGGCGCCAUCUACACCUGCCCCGUCAGCACCGACCCCACCGACUGCACCCGCAUGGACCUUGUCAGCUCCACGGACUCCAGUGAGAUCGUGGAGGGCAUGUGGCUGGGGGUGUCGGUGUCCAGCCAGAGACGGAUAGAAGAAGGACGCGUGCUGGCAUGUGGGCAUCGCUACAUAAAGAGCUACGGUUCGGACGGGCAGCGGAGCAUGGUGGGAAAAUGCUACGUGCGCGGGAACGACCUGACCUACGACCCCUCGGACGAGUGGCAGACACACACGUACGAAGCGUGCAGCCCCUUCGACCUCGACCUAGAGGGCCUGUGCAACAUGGGCAUCUCGGCCGGAAUGACCGACACCGACGUCUACAUGGGAGCCGUGGGCAGCUUCACCUGGCAAGGAAACGUCCAUGUGACGUGGAGGGAUACUAACCCUUUCAACUCGUGGGACUACAGUGACAAAGACUUCGGGAAGCUGGAGAAGAAUUCCUACGACUACAUGGGCUACUCGGUGGUUGAGGAGACCAAACUGCUGAGUCGCGAUGAGGACACUCUGGUGGCGGGAGCACCGCGUGAGGCAGAGUCCGGCGCUGUGACACUGGCCAAGAAGGACGACGGCAAGCUGCUGAUUCCCGUGACAACCAUCAUCGGAGACCAGCUGGGAUCGUACUUUGGCAGCAGCAUCGCCGUGACAGACCUCAACAAUGAUGACUGGAACGAUCUGAUAAUCGGUGCUCCAUUCUACUUCGAGCGGAAGGAGGAGAGGGGUGGGGCUGUGUACGUCUACAUGAACGAGAACGGAAGCUUCCAGAAGAAAGCUAGCGUGGUGUUAUAUGGCACCACCAACUCAGCGUUCGGCAUAGCCGUGGCUGCCAUCGGUGAUGUCAAUCAAGAUGGCUUCCAAGACUUCGCUGUGGGGGCACCCUUUGAAGGAUCGGGAAAAGUCUACAUAUGGAUGGGAAGUAUGAAGGGCAUCUCAGCAGGGCCAAGCCAGGUGAUUGAGGGAAAGGACGUUGGCACUGAAGGCUUCAAGACAUUCGGUUAUUCUUUGAGCGGCGGUCUGGACAUGGAUGAAAACAUGUACCCUGAUAUCCUAGUGGGCUCAUUGGACGACCGCAUUGCCCUCCUGAGGGCACGGCCAGUGAUCCAUCUCUCCACAGACUUUUCUGUUGAGCCAAAGAUUGUUGACUCAAGCCAGUGUGGAGACCCUUGCAUAAAGGUGAAGAUCUGCUUCUCGUUCAUCCUCAGCAAUGGAAACAAGGCAUUCAAUAGGGAGAUCACUUUGAAGUACACCGUAGAGGCCGAUAUCGACCGGCGGAGCCCUCGCGUGCGUUUCGUGGACUCCCGCCUGGGCACCCACAGCGACCAGAUGUCCCUCUCUUCAAAAAAAUGUGUAGACCUCGGACUCAGUGUGGACGAGAUUGUGGUGGACAAACUUCGGCCGGUGGUGUUCUCGCUGAACGUGUCCCUGCAAGAGCAGAAUAUCAAGGUCAAGCGGACGCUGCAGAACCUGGACGCGUUCCCCAUCCUGAGCGACAAACAGAACCUGAGAAAGAGGACAGAGAUUAAUUUCCAGAAGGAGUGUGGCUCUGAUAAUCGCUGCACCAGCAACCUGCAGCUGACGGCACAGUGUGCCAAUGAAAGAUACCAGCCUUUCCCACGGAAUGGGGGCCAGCAGGUGAUGAAGUACAACAGUAACGUGAAGAAGGUGGUGCUGAUGGUGGUGGUGACCAACCUGCCUGAGCUUGGCCGCGAGGCAGAGGACGCUCACCAGGCCUCCAUUAACGUCACCUUGCCCCCGACGCUGCUGUACUCCGGCAGGCGUUCCCAGGUCCGGUCACCAGCUGACGGUUCCCUCCUGACGGACUCUGUUGAGUGCCGUGCAGAUUUGACAUUCGUCAAUUGUGACCUGGGCAACCCACUCAAGAGUUAUGAUCAGGUUGACUUGCAGCUCAUUUUUGAGACAGCUGGCAUCACCCUGUUCACCGAGGAGAUCGAGUUGCAGCUCCAACUGGGCACCUUAAGUCACCAGACAGACUUGGACCCAGUAGCAGUUCCUCUUCGAGUGGAGAACACCAUCCUUUCCUCCUUCUCCAUAGAUCCUUCUGUUGUCCAGACAUACUUCAGCGGAGCUGUGAUGGGGGAAUCAGCUAUGAACAGCACCAGUGAUGUAGGCAGUCUGAUAGAGCACACAUUCAAGGUUGGGGUAGAUGGCGAGCCACUGGGGAGUUUGGGAACUCUCGUCCUGGAGUUUGAGUGGCCGUUUGAGGUGAUCAACGGCAAGUGGUUGCUCUACCUGACGGAGAUUGUCACCAAGGGAAAAUCGGAGACUCGCUGCGUCCCACCGGGUGAUGUGGUGAACCUGCUCAACCUUCCUCUGUCUGGCGAGCACUCCAGGCGUCAGAGGAGAGAUGCCCACAUAGAGGCCUACAGUGAGCCUCCUGUGGAAGGAGCUGUUUCCAUACUCACCCCCCGUAAGGAGACCUACCUGCUGGAGUGUUCCAAAGGGACUGCACGCUGUAUCACGUUCUCCUGUCCUUUGAUCAACAUGUCCAACUACGCAGAGGUCAUCGUAAGGUCACGUGUCUGGAACAGCACUAUGCUGGAGGACUACAGUAAUGCACUUAGGGUGAAAGUCAAGGGCGAGGUGACAUUAAAGCUCGUAACGGACAAACCAACCAUCAAGAUGGACAGUCAGAGCAGAGAUUUUCUUGUGAACAUCGACCCGGUUCUUGCGGAGGAGGCGCCUUAUGAGAUUCCCUUCUGGAUCUUCAUCAUUGCGGGUGCGGCAGGAGUUCUUCUGCUGAGCAUCAUCAUCUUCGUCCUGUGGAAGUGUGGCUUCUUCAAGAGGGCCGUCUACUACAGGAUAAUGCCAAAGUACAAAGGAGUAAAGAUUCGCCAGGAGGAACGCUACAAGUUUAACGCCCUUCAGGCGCAGGAGGUCCACAAGAAGCUAUGGGUCACCAGCUGGACUGAGACACCGACUUACUACUACUGACCUUUGGCCUUUGACCUUUUGAACCUUUUGAGCCCUCCCACCAAAUCCUGAGGAGAAACGUGGGUAUUGCCAAAUGGAUAUUACUGUCCAUGCCUCCUCCUUGAAUGAUGCUGGAGGGGGCGGGAUGUGGUUGGGUGGUGAUUGGGUUUGCCUGCUGUCACUCAGAGACCCUGACCAAUUAACACUCCUCUCUUUUACACAUGGAUUAUUUUAGUGAUUUCAUCAAAUGGCAUUGUGCAAUAUCAAGUUAUUCUGCUUUUUUGCAACCUUAAAUCUUUUUUUUCCUUUUUUUGCAAGCCCAAAAGAGCAGAACAGUGGCAGAUCAGAAGAGACUUUUUCAUUCCCCAUGUCAGGCUCUUCUAAGACAUUCAUAAUUGAAUUCUGGAACUAGUUAUGUGCCCUUUAUCAAGAAAGACUUUCACAUGUACAUAUUUUGUCCCAAAUACAUUCACCUGUGCCUAUUAUAGCACUGGCAUUACUUCAUUA